AGCAAUUCAAAAGAUUACUCUCACUCACGAACAGAGUUCUCAUUAAGAAAUAUAGAAGUUUCAAAUAAAACAUAAAGUGCCAACCUUCUCAAUACUGAACAAGCAAAGAAUCCAGCAGGACUACUCAAUGAAGUAUUUAGAUUAAUACUAAAAUAUAAGGCUGGAUAUGGCUAUUACGACCACAAAGGAGAUUUUAUCAAAAUUUGUGUUAAAGUGGGUGACACAGUUUUACUGCCCAAUUUCGGUGGACAAAAAGUUAAUAUAAAUGGAUAAGAACUUUUAGAAACACAAACUUAUUUGGUAUAUUGUCCCGAUGAUCUGUAUUGUAAUAAAAUUAAGUAUUCUAAAUUUCGGAAUUUUAGUAAAUUCCUAUCAUUAAUGA